AUGACACCAGCACUCAGUAAAGUGAUCAAAAUAUUGCCGUACAAGAAAUGCUUCAGAAAAGAGACAGUACUGCUUGAAGUGGGCCUCAAAUUCUUUCAAAUACUGGGAUUAUUUCCAUGUACCGUGGACACAUCCGCCUCAAUAUCUUUCUUGCCUUCGCGUUUAUGCGUGGUCUACCACAUUGCACUGGUUGUGACUAUCAGUUACUGCAACUUCUACGUGGGAAUACCAGCUAUCGUGCAGGCGAAAUCCGAAUCCAAUGGACUAACCUUUGAAGAAGUCUUGGAGUUGUUUCUUCUCGGAAUGGCUACGGCUGUCAGCCUUUUGAUCUGGAUCGUCUACCCCCUCACUCGCAAGAGAUUGAUGAUUUUUGGGCGAAAGGUGGUCAUAGCUGACGCUGUAGCGAGGAAAUUGGGAGGAAAUUAUCGGAUGGAAUCUAGCAGAAACAAGUUGGUGAUAUUCGCCAUGAUUUAUGCGAUUCUUUUCGGUCUCUUAAUUUUCACGGAGUACAUCAUUUACGAUGACCCAAUGUCGAGGUUCGUGUGGUUUUGCUUCUAUACAGUGCCCUCCUUCACCAUUAUUUUGCUCCUCAUACAAUAUUCCUUGGCUGUCCAUCUGACAUCGAGACGAAUUAAGGCGUUGAACGACACAAUUCUGGGGAGCCUUGAGACGACAGCUGUUCAGGGUCCGCCCGCAGCGCUGCAGAGUCAUAUUGACGACGUCGUCAGGCGGGUUUUUGACACCUGGAAGAAAGCUCACAACGAGCUGUACGAGGCCAGUCUCGUCAUCGCGAAAUUCUACUCCUUCCCGAUUUUAUUCGUGAUGGGGUACACGUGCUACACUGUUAUUUUCAAUAGCUUUCACGCAGUCAAGGAGUUGGUGAGAGGCAAUGGUCAGACAGUGGCGAUCGCGAUUCUGAAUGACUGCGUCUGGAUCUUGAUUCUGUCGAUGCCGACUGUCAUUCUCAUGCUCGAGAUUGAGAAUCUCCUCGCAGAGGCCAAGGAAAAAGCUGCUGUGUGCCGCAAGCUCGCAUUGCGGUUCCAAAAGCAUCGACUGUUCCGAACUCAGGUUAAGAUGUAUUCUUUCGAAUUGCUGCACGAGAAUAUCAAUUUCACAGCGUUUGGAUUUUUUUCGCUGAAUGGAACAGUUCUGCAUUCGAUAUUCGCAACAACGGUGACGUAUCUCGUCAUUAUCUUCCAAUUUAAUAAUGUUUACGAGGAGUGA